AUGUUAACAGACAAAAUCCACGUCCCGCAAACCGGCGACUCCCCAACACCGGAAGAUAUUCUCUCGUCCUCGCUCGGCGUAAUCUUCCCAGACGACAUAACAAAUCAACACGGCGAUCACCUCACCCCGAUAAAUUAUGCGUCGCCAGCCUUCGGUCCGCUGACGCUCACGCUCGCUGAUCCGCAGGGCGGCGAGCAUCGGCGGCUUUUCAGCCACUUCUUAUGGAACUCCUCGGUGCUGCUGGCGGAGUUGAUGGAGGAAGGGAAUGCAGACGAAUGGGGGCUACGGGGUGAGGAUGUUCUUGAGGUUGGAGCUGGAACGGGGUUAUCUGGGAUUAUGGCCUGUCUGAUGGGCGCGACUAGGUGCGUGGUGAGCGAUUACCCUGCGCCGGAGGUGUUGGAGAACAUUAGGGUGAAUGUCAGGAGGAAUAUACUGGAGCGGGAAGCAAACAAGGACGUGGUCGUGGGGGAUAUCUGUGUGCAGGGCCAUGAAUGGGGCGUACUUGAUGAGAGUGCUGGCGCGCUGGAUGGGGGAUUUGCGAAGAGGGAGAAGGGUACCUUUGGGAGGAUACUGGUUGCGGAUUGUUUGUGGAUGCCGUGGCAGCAUGAGAAUUUGCGGAGGAGUAUUGCGUGGUUUUUAAAGGGUGCGGAGGGGAGGGCGUGGGUGGUUGCGGGAUUUCAUACUGGGAGGGAGAAGAUGAGGGGGUUUUUCGAGGAGGAGGCGUUGAGGAAGGACGGGUUGGAGACGGUGAGGAUAUGGGAGAGAAAUGCGGAGGGGGAGGAGAGGGAAUGGGUUCCUGAUAGGGGGCAUGAGGAUGUGACGACUAGGAAAAGGUGGUUAGUUGUUGCGGUUUUGAAGAAGUGCAGCGGGUGA